AUCUUCCUAUACACUGUGCAGAAACCUCCCCUGGAGUAUACCAUAGUUGUUGUCGGCAGUUGUCAGUUGUUGGCUUUUUAGUACCACCCUCGAAUUUGAGCGAAGCAAUGUCAUGCUGAUAAAUUAAAGGUUGUCAGUACCUCGUCGAUGCUCUCGUCCGGUUCCCCCUCCCCCAGGAACUGAGGAAGGUCAUGAGAGGAAUUUCUUUGCCAGUGAUUGCCCGAAUACCUCAACUCUGAUUCAAGCCUUCCGAAGCUAGAAAACAAAAUGGAGGAGAAGCUAUCUUCAACGCCUGGUUCCUUACCGGUUGUAGGUCUGAGCGUAUCCAGUGAUUGUUCAGUGAGCAGUCAGAGGGUUUCCACAACGUCAAAGCAGGUCAUCUGUGCUGUCUGUGGAGACCAGGCAACUGGACGGUACUUUGGAGCACAGAUAUGUGAAGCAUGCAAGAGUUUCUUCAUUCGGAGCACCAAGAAGGGCACUCCAGAGUUUAAGUGUCAGUCUUCGGGGCAUUGUAAAGUAACACCUACCUCUAGACUCCUAUGCCAAUACUGCAGGUUCCAGAAAUGCCUUACAGCUGGCAUGUGCAGAAAAGUGAAGCAGCCCUGUAGAGAGCCUACGCCUGACAGCACUCCUUGUCAAGUCUGUGGAGAUACAUCUUCCGGUAUCCAUUUUGGGGUGUUUACAUGCGAAGGAUGCAAGGGGUUUUUCCGUCGCAGCUUGAAGGACGGAACAUCAUAUUUCUGCAUUGAUGACAAGAAAUGCCUUAUCACUCCAACUUCCCGUAACAUGUGUCGUUUUUGUCGAUACCAAAAGUGCCUUCAAGUCGGCAUGUCCAGAGAAGGUAUCAAACUUGGUAGGCAUCAGAAGUUUGACGUCUCCGAUGCCAAGAGAAUGUCUCAAGGUCCAGUGUUUCCAGUUGGAACCAGAGCUCCAACUGCAGCAGGGCUAGAGGACAGCCCUGGAAGGGCCGUAGAUAUCAGCAAACAAUACCCCUUGAGUUUGACCAGCGUUGAUGGGACAGUCAAAACUACCAAUGAUCCCAGUUUGGCAUUAGAUCCUAUCUACCAGGGCAGAAAAAGCCCCCUCGCUUAUAACGUAUCCUCGCCGGGCUCCAGUUCAUCUGAUGAGUUCUACCACUCCACAGCCAGGCAAGAACAAUCCUGCAGCAAUCCAACCAUUGCUGGAAACACUCCUCCAAGCCUGCAUGGGUAUCAACAGACCGGAACUUGUCCGAGAGCUACGGGGGUUACAAAACAACUUGACAGUCUGUCAUCUAAUGAUGGUCUACAACCGAUGAGUGAUUGGCAGUAUGGUCUCAAUGUACAUAGUGACACGCAUGGUAGGAUGCCAGAUGGUUCAUUUCAGUACAGACCACAAGUGUCUCCACCAAGCAACGUCUUUGAUGUCCCAGAUGCUCAAAGUAGCCAAACCCACAGGCAGCCUGUACAAGCAAGCCUAGGUAUACCAUCGAUGCCAACCUCUUUCAGUAUCAACCCUGACAGUAGCAAACAAUCACUCGCCUCUGGUCAAGGUGAAAAACCAGCAAACCCAGCUGAUUUUUUACCAAGCAUUGAAAUGACACCGACCGAGUUUGCUCCUGAGCUGCUGCAGAACAAAAAAAGGAGCAUUGUGACAUUGAUGGACGAUAGCUCUAGUUCAUUUGACAUGAUGGACUCCGAGUUUGUCAUGAACCUGUCCAAAGAAUGCCCUGCCAUGGCAGUUCCUGAGAUCAAACAAGAACAAGCCAGAGGUAGCUUCUGCAGUUCCUUUGUAGCAGACGAUCAAACGUCCAACUCCAAUGUUAAAAAGAAAGGAACUAACAAAAAUCCGUCUGUCCCUUACCCCAAGACUGCCAGCAAACAUCUUCUAAGCGACAGUGAAGAGGAUGACUCAAGGAACCCUCAUCAAAGACUUGCUAAGAUGUCACCGUCUAAAAGUCAACACAACCAAGAGGAGCCAGAGGAAAGCAUGGCCUUCAUCGACCAGACCUACUUCAAGAAGGUCACACAACGUUUGGAGGCAGGCUGUCACAUGGGGGAAGUCCUGAGCAAGGAAAGUGAGGCAAUACUUCGGAGGACCUCGCAGCCAGUCCAGAAGUUUGAGCGUGUUUUAAUCACCAUGGAGAUAGCCCAGGCGUUUGAGGAGUUGUCGAUAAUGUUUCAGACUCUGUGUACAUCGAAGCCUCAGAUUGAAGCGACAGAGGAGCUGCGUACGAAGAUGGACAAAGCUUCGACUGAGGCGAUGCGCUUAUUCCAGGAGAGGGUGUCACUCAAGAUCAUCAGCUCGGUCAAGUUUGCCAAGAACAUACCAGGUUUUUGCCACAUCUCAGUCAGUGAUCAAAUGAGCCUGAUCAAGAUGGGGACCUUUCCCUGUAUCCUGAGCCACAUCUGCUGGCGUGCAGAGCUUGAGUUCUCGUGGUUUCAGGACACCUUCUUUACUGUCCCGUCGUUGGACGCCUUGGUGUUUGGAAUGAAGAGCAAGGUUUACAAGUUCAAAGAAGACUUCAUCCAAGUGAAGUUUGACCAGCACGAGAUUGCACUUUUCACUACACUUAUCUUCAUUAACCCAGAUCCCCCUGGCCUGGAGAACUCUGACUACAUACUCAAGCUUCACAACAAGCUUCGUCUAAUCUUAAAACACUACUGUCUCGAGAAGUACGGAGAACUGAAGCAGUACUACAAGUACCUGAGUUUCCUUCCCCGGCUCUAUGAGAUUGAACUAGUGCAUAAACAGAGUAUCAAAAAAGGAUACAGUACUAGAUCUUCUGAGGCAGUGCUGCCCGCAUUGUUUGCUGAAAUCAACUUGUAAGGACAGGUCAGAGUUUUAAAUCUAAACACUCGGCUCAAUAGUGUCAAAUCACAGACAUGCCAAGUAGUAUGUUUUUCCCGUAUUUCGUAACGAUUUUUGUAAAAAAUACGUGUGUCCUGGUUUCGCAAAAAAGUUCAAUAUUUGUUUAUUGACACAAAUAUUUGUUUUGGCCGACUACUUCUGUUUCUGUAUUCAGCAGUCAUGGUAUUCAAAGUUCACAACUGAGCGCAACAGAGAUCGAUUUCCCUCGCAUAGUCUUUGCAUGCACAUUCUAGCGCCAACCUGUGUCGUAUAAUCCACUCGCCCGUACAUCUGCCGUCCCGAUAUUUCACUGGGAACCAGUAUAGCACAAUCCAUUGAACAACAGAGGCGCUGUUGUCAGAAAUGCCCAUAUAUGGUAUCGCUCGUUUAGUGAACGGACGCAAAACAUGGUGUGAAUUAAUUGACUUUUGGACAUUGUUUACGAAAGAAUUUGCCAACAUAAAGAUGCGAAAAGAGUGCUUGAAGGGAGAUGUGUAUAAGAUGAAUUUGAGAACUUGCCUACAAAUGCAAGAAACUAAACUUUUUGGAAUGAUUUGUUGUUGUCUUUUUAAUUGAAAUUAAAUUAAAUGGUUUUUUUUUACAUGUCUUGCUUAGACAAAAUCGUUUAGGGUUUCUAUAUUAUGAACAAGACGCGAUUUAUCAAUAUCUUGUUCAUAAAAACUGUUUCACUGGGUUUACCACCCGUAGGGAAGCCAAUUUUUUAAUUUUAAUUGACUUGUUUUUAAUAAGGCAUGACCACCAAAAUUCACUCGCAAUCUGUGGAUAUUCCCUGUCGUAUAAGCAGGAACUAAGGAACAGACUGCUCGAAAAAGUGCAAGAAGGCCACUGUGGAGUUCAAUAAGAGAAAACAUUAGUUUUAAAUCAAUGUAAGCAUAUACACCACAGUUAUAAAAUAGUAUUUACAGUGCUUGUUUCAAAUACUCGGGGGCUUAAAAUUACUGAAGUAAACUCGUUUAUGCAUGUUUUAGUAAAACUACAGGUUUUCUAAUAAAAAAUACAGGGGUUUCACAAUACAGUUUGUGAUCCCAGAGGUUGGCAUGUCUGAAACCAGUUCGGAAUAGUUUAUUGAAAGUCCAGGGAUGAGAGGGUGGCCACGGAGGUCGGUAUCCAAUUGGCUACCAAAGCGGCCCUACCUCUCGGAGAUUGCAAUAAGAGCAGGCAGUGCAUCUCUUCAGAACUCCUGCUUGGUGUGGAAAACCUUGUCUGGCACAUGUUGCCCACCAUCCUACAAUCUAGACCGUUUGAUGAGGAAUAUCCAAUCAGCUCUCCUGCUGAAGGUAGAAGUUGAAAGCCAAUCAAAUACUGAGCUUCGAAACCGCGCAUUCGCAUUUGUUGAUAUUCUGUGAAAGGAGCGACAUACUGUGACGUAAAGAAAACUUUGUUGCAGAAUGGCAAUGCUCUUUAGUCAAAAUAAAAUUUAGUGUAAAUGCAAAAAUGCAAUUUAUAUUUGUGACAGCAAACAAAGAUUGCAAGUUUUGGUUUUGGGGGAUGUUUUCUUUUCUAAAUAGACAUCUAUUUGGGGUAAUUAUUUUCGUUUUAUUGAUUUUGGUGUUUACUGCAGAAUGUGUGUCGUUGCAUUUUAGAAAGGUAAUAACAGACUCGGUGUGUGAUAUUAGAAUCAGGUUCCUUUCGUGCCCAUGUCUUUUAUCUCUGUGGACCCUGGUUCAAAUCCAACUUUGGACUGGAACCUUGCAUGUGGAUAGGGUUCUCAGUCCCUACAAGAUUGCCUGGGUUUUCCUUAUUUGGGGGGGUUUUCCUCCCACAUCUAAAAUUGAACGUUUUUUCUUGUUUCUGCACUCCUGUUACUGGCGCUAUUACGCUGGUGGAUGUAUAAUGAAAUAAACCAACUACGGUACAUUUUUACACCGAUUUUGUUCAAUUUUGCAGAUUUUGUAUACAAUAUCUUGGACUAUGAAGGAAUUUUCACCCUGUAUUUCUCUACAAUUGUAUUUUUUAUUUUUUUUUAAUUAAGGAUAGAUAUGAGUACGGGUUAAAUAUUUAAAGAUUGGGAGUGGAGCCAAUCAAUUUGGUAAGUAGGGGUCUUCAAGGUUAAAGGCACUAGACACCUUUAGUAAUUGACAAAGACCAGUGUUCCCACUUGGUUUACCUAUGCACAAAAGUAAGAAAUCUGUGACUAUUUUGACCCAAAUGGUCAUUGAAGUUGCAAGAGAAAAAUGAACGGGAAAAAACCCGCAAAUUUAUGUGCCCAAAAAGGCCUCAAUAUGUGAGUAAGAAAUUACCCCACCUUGUCAAAAACUGCGUUACUUCAGUGGGAGUCGCUUUUUACUACGUGUUAAACUAUCAACUGCUCUCCAUUGCUCGUUACCAUGUACGUUUUGCAUGCAAACAAUUAUUUGAAGUAAUGAUUAAUUGUGUCAGUGCAUUUAAAAUAAGUUUUGUGAUGCACAAUUUUCUUUUUUUUUGACCAUGGAGCCCUUGUUAAAAUUAGUUCUGUUUAAUAAUAGAAUAUAUAUUUUAUCAAUGCACAUCCUACUUAGUAGACGGGUAAGUAUAAAUGUGCGCACAAAAUCUCAUGAUUACCUAUUUUUAACCUUGUAUCUUGAUAAACACACAUUUAUAUGCAAUAGGUUUAUCCCUGACAAAGUUUGUGGAGUUUUUUUGUGCAUGUGUAAAUAGUUUUUGUCAGUGGUUUUAUGCCAACUGGGGGACGGUUUCUUUGUUCAUAGUCCUUACUCUAUGCUUUGUUUAAAUGAUUUAUAAACAAAACACUGGUGAAGGUGGACUCUCAACCAUGUUUUUAUAGAAAAAGAUACACAUAACUGCUUGAUAAAUAAGGGAAUAAAAGUGUAGCGACGAGUUCUUACA